AUGGACUACUCCAUGUCUUCAAGCGAUGCCUCGGGCUCGCGAUCUUCCAGAUCAUCCGCCGCUACAAACGACCCUGUUCUUCGCAACACGUUGCGUUACACCAUUUCAGCACACGAAUAUGCUGCUCUGCACAAAUACAUCAUUUCACGCUCGCGCGUGCUUCGUCGAUCAACGCCUACGCCGAAUCGCGUCGAGAAGGCUCUGAAACCUCCCAAAGGCGGCGAUGAUUAUAAUGCUAGGACGAUUCGACAUGCGCUGAGGGUGUUUGUCAUGACGUUUUUGGGUAUGAAGGGAUGGGAUGCAGUUGCAAAGAGGAUGGGCAAGGAAGAAGUACAUUCGGGGCCAAAGAAGCCCUUCUACAAGUCUCCAGCUCUGAGACUAUCUAUUUCUCUUUCUACAAUCCUUCUCCUCUACAGAAUCCUCUUUCGAUUCUUCACUCGACUUCGCGUCCAUUUACUCGAUCCUCAAGUCGAGCCCUUCCGCUCGCGCAACCCCCGAACCGCAGCGAUGCUCACAUCAACUUCAGCACCAGCCAUCGGUGCAUCUUUCGCCGGUCUGGCUCUUGGAAUCUACCCAGCUCAGAAGAUGCGAGUCACCAUCGCUAUCUACACCAUCUUCCGCGCUUUGGAGUUUGCAUACAACUUUUGCGAAGCCGACGGUCUUAUCUGGGGCAAAAAGAACGGCGUCAAGAGAGAGAGACCUUGGUGGUUUGGAAGUUGGAUGCUGCAGCCUCUUGCUUUUGGACAGCUUUUCCACGCGGCUGUUUUUGAUCGGGAUUGCUUCCCUAAGCCCUUUGGGGACUUGAUCUUUAACAGCUCAUCUGGUUAUUUGCAAUCGCGUCCUCAGGAUUGGGCGUCUGGUCUCAAAUGGCCUCAGACUUCGGAGAUUGUUGAUAGCUUGGCUCAAAUGGCGCGCCUCAGCUGGCCUGCUUUUGUUUCUCCCACUUUGUUCCCUGGCAAGGAAGUUCUUCCUCCUAGCCUGACUGCAAUUGCGCCUUUGACAUCUCGAGCACACCCGCUUAUCACUUCUCUGUCAUGCGCAACAUUACAUCCAGGAGACCCUUCAUGCGCUCGAACUUACCUAACAUUCUGGCUUCAAUCUUUCCCGCCAUUUGCCCGUUUCUUUGUCGCCGUCUUUUCUGCGCUCACCGUCAUUCCUCGAUUCUCCGCUCUUUACCACAACCCCCUGGCAACCCUGCAGCUCAUCAUCACAAAAGCCCUGCGCAUGUCCACUUUUGCAACCGGUGCUCUCUCCACAGCCUGGGCGUCCAUCUGCUUCUUUCAAACGUGGCUUCCUCGUCACCUCCUCGCGACACAGCGGGUCUUCCUCGGCGGUUUCUUUGCUGGUCUUUGGGCCUUUGUCGAGCGAAAGAAUGGCCGUGGUCUCUUCUUGUACAGCGCCCGCACUAGCGUCGACAGCCUCUGGAAGGUCGGUGUUAAGCGACGCUGGUGGAAGAGCAUGAAGGGUGGUGAUGUUUGGGUCUUUAUGCUGGCUCUUAUGGUCACUGGUGUUGUCUACGAGAAGGAUGCGCAGGCCAUCCGUGAGACCAACUGGCGAAAAGGUGUUAGUUGGCUCCAGGGCCAGGGCUUCAAGGAUUGGGGCGCUGAAGAGGAUGAGGAGGAGGAUGAUAGAGAUAAGCGGGAGUAA